UCUGAAUAGGGCAUCUUCCAGGUCUGAUGGUCUCCCAGGCGACAUUCAUGCUGAUCGCUCUCUCGUGGCCACCCCCACCCUUUUCCACGUGGACCACACACAACACGAAACCUGCGCACAGGUCUCAGUUCAGUUCUAUUGGCUUGCCGCACUAAUCGUGUGCGUUACCCAACAAUCAACUGUGAACGCAACAAAUGCGCCGCACUUUUAUCCAAUUUGCAUUGAUGGUGUGAAUCACCACAGAUGAUUUUAGAAACUACUUGCGUUACUUCUCAUCCUUAUGAAACUUGGCCGAUUCAACAGGCAGUUGCCGAAAGUCAGUUGAUGCCAUCAAAGUCUUGAUUUUUUUUGUAUUUUAGUAUUUUUGCGUCCAGGAUGAACGCAACAUUUUUCAAUCACACCGUUUUUAGGCACGGGGGUCUGCUAAACCGCAGCCACGAGCUCGCGGGGACGCUGGUGGACUGCUGCGCAGGCAACGGGAGCGAAGUGACAGCGAGUGACGGCGGCGGGUCUUUAGUUCUGGCGCAGGACGAGCGCAAGUUGUUCGUUACGCGUGUGGUGCAGAUUGCCGUGCUGUGCGUCCUCUCGCUCACCGUGAUGUUCGGGAUCUUCUUUCUUGGUUGCAACCUCAUGAUCAAGUCCGAAAGUAUGAUUAACUUUUUGGUUAAGGAUCGGAGACCAUCCAAAGACGUCGAGGCAGUGAUGAUCGGGUUGAGUUAGAGACAGAUGUCACCUGUAAUGCGGGACUGAAUGGCUUGAGCACCGACUGGGAACGGAGAUAUGCAACGAACUCUCUUUCUUCUUGUUGUAAAGAAAUCCGACGUGAAUGAAUUGUUAAAAGCAAAGAUGAGGGAUACAGUUGCACGUUUACUUAAUGAGAAUGUAUUGUUUAUUCAUGUUUACGUAGCUCUUUGUAUUUUAGAUACAUUUGCGUAUAGCCUAUAUAUUAAGGGAAACAGUAUUGAAACAAGUGAACUUACAGUGAAGUGUUUACACGUUUUUACCUCAGAAAAAGCAGCGUACAGUUAUUUAUAAAUAAUUGCAUUGUUUGUACCAGACAAUCACUUCCAGAAGCAUGCAUUGUGACUUUUGCACCUUGGUAUCGCGGGUGUUUUUAUCUUUAUAUAAUGUCAAAAUGUAUUUUUGUUUCGAUUUUAACUUGUGACCGAGAGCACGCGAGAGGAGAGGCGCGCAUCUGCUGGUAAACCCUGCUAGACUUUUCCCGGUCGCUGCUCGGCUCGCACCUGCUGCAGACCGCUUUCUUCCCUCGGCAUGCGCGAUGCUCGGUGUGUCCAGCACUUUUGAAAUGAAACCUCAAUGCUGCAUGCUGUUUUUUUGUAAACAACAUUGAAACUUGAAGUAGUGUAGCAUGCUUUGAAUAAAGUUGUUGUUUUAUCACUUGA